UUCAAACAUGGACGUCACCAUAAAGGAAGAAGAAUUUUCCUUGGCGCAAGUUGCAAUAUACGCUUCACUAUCAUUUUUCCUGGUAUCACUACUAGGAAUCGUCUUAUACAUAACAUGCUCCAAAAAAUAUAAAUUGAAUUGGUUUGAAAAGAACCUUUUGGAAACAGCAUCAGAAACAGAAGAAAUGGCCCAAAGAGAGGCUUUGGUUAAUGUUCCCGUUCUACCUUAUAAUGUCGACAACAUAAGUGAGAGUUCCCGAUCAAUAAAUAGAGGAAAUUUAACACCAACAUCCAUAAAUGAUGAUCCAACAUUUUGGGUGCCAUCGAAGCAAUCCUGCCAAGGUGCAAAUGCAGUGUCCUCAGCAGAUGAAUCACCACCAGUAACUCCAACAUCUCCUUCUGGAAGUAAUCGUUCUGUGACAUUGUCAACAGGUUCUGGAACUAUCCCGAUUGCUAGAUCAGAAAAACACAUGGUUCUGGCGAUGAACCCAACACGGCCGAAAGUGGCAUCGAUGACCGCUAAGUUGGAUCAUACUAAAUUUGAUACCUCGUUAUAUCAAAGUCACGGAAAGCCAGAAGAAGAAAAUGCUGAUUUGCGAGGAACUAUUCACCUAUCAAUACUGUAUGAUCCGAUCGCUGGUAUUCUUACCAUAAGACUGAUUGAGGCUCAACAUUUACAACCGAGGGACUUUAGUGGUACAGCGGAUCCGUAUGCGAAAAUACGCCUGCUACCGGAUAAGAAAAAUGUCUGGCAAACCAGAAUCCAUAAACGCACGUUGAAUCCAAUUUUCGAUGAAGAUUUCGUUUUCGAAGAGCGGCCAGCAGUUAUUGGGCGAAGAACUCUGGAAAUAUUGCUCUACGAUUUCGACGCAUAUUCGAGACAUGUCUGCAUUGGAGGAACACAGAUUGGUCUGGCACAUGUUGACUUAUCUGAUAAAGUAGAACUUUGGAAACCUCUUGGAAAUUGUGCUGAACAAGAUGCAAAAAUUGAUCUCGGUGAUUUAAUGAUUUCAUUGUCAUUUUUACCAUCCGCUGAACGUUUAACAGUGGUGGUAAUAAAAGCCAGAAAUCUAUUGGUGGUCGACGAUACCCGGAAUUCUUCAGACCCAUAUGUGAAAGUGGCGGUUAUACAUGGAGGGAAGAAAAUUAAAAAACGGAAAACUGGAGUUCAAAGAAAUACAGUUUCACCAACAUUCAAUGAGGCUUUGACGUUCGAUAUUGGAAAAGAUACUCUGAAAAAUUCCAUAAUAGAAUUCGUUGUACUCCAUGAUAGUUUAUUAGGUUCUGAUGAAAUCCUAGGGCGAGCCAUCAUUGGCAACACACCUCAAGUGCGCUCCGAAGACAGAGCCUUUUUCGAUGAAGUGUUCCGCUCCAAGACUGCAACUGCUCAAUGGAUCCCACUCACGGACUCUAGGCUUCCAUGAGGAAAACGAAAAUCACCCCAUAAAAUGGUGGGAAAAGAAAACAAAUAGACAAAGCUAUUUCUGAUCGUCUGAAGGAGGCAUAGGCUUAUAUAAGAACACAAAUAUACUGAAAAUGGAAUGGACUGUCUACCUGUUGGAAUUUAUAAAUACGCCCAUGUUUCGAGAGCCUUACAUUGAAUUAGUCGUUGAAAACGGUUAACUUGAUAAGAAUGAGGGCGACUUUGAGAGCUAUGAACAAGUUAGAAUAAUUGACACAAAUUUUUAAAACAAUUAUUUUUAGAAGAUACUUUUCUAUGAAGAGAUAUGUCCGAUGUACCUAAGUAGUGAAAAAGUAACUGGAUUAAAAACGUACUUGUAACAAGGCAGAGGUUAUCAUGACAAAUAUUCCAUGUUGAAAACUAUUUAGUGCGUAAGCUAUACUUGGUCGUAGUAGCCUAACAGGAAGAAACAAUUUCAUUGACUAACCAUUUAUAUAGCUAUAUUACAUAUAUAAAAGUAUUGUAGUUCGCAAAAAUUCUCAAAUUUUAAAACAUUUCCAGUUAGUUCUACUUUUCCAUUAUUUUAUUGUUUUAUUUUUUUAUAAAAUAAAGACUUUCGAACUUGAUCAAAGGCGAAAAUAUCAAAAUUGAUCAUAAAGUUCUCGACAAAAUCUUAAAUCUCAACAGAACAGGAUUCAUAAAUUAUUGCUAAUAAAAUCAUAACCCCAUUCUCAGAAUACAUAAAUGUAUAUAAAUAUAUUGAAGCAAGGAUUAAUAAUUAUAUUCCUAUUCUAAAAGCGAGUUAACCAAGAAUGGUAAUUUGUUCGUCUUCAUUCCUUGUAGAUUAGCAACUUUCGCUAGUUUUUAUCAUAAUUAUCCUUUGCAGUGAAUUAAUAUUCCAAUAGCAGCAAUAUCGAUAAUUGUAUCGCUCCUAACUAGAGCCAACAUUUUAAUUUGUUAGUUGAAGUUGAUCCAGUAGCCGGUAAGAGUGUAAAGAACAUUACUUUAUUUGUAAGCUUGAACGAAUGGAAUUUUUGUAUGAGAACCACAUCAAGAUAAUUUCUAUCUCUAAAAGGAACGCAGAUAUAUAUACAUAUAUAUAGUCAAUAACUGUCCAAACAAAAAUAUAAAUAAAUUAUAUUGUUUGA